GUGGGUGGGGGGACUGGGGGGCAUCGUGCGAGCCGCUCACCGCCCCCUCCUCCUCCUCCUCUCUUCUUCCUCCUCCUCCUCUUUCUCCCCUCUUCCUCCUCCUCCUCCCGCCCCACAGAACAGAGCCGAUGUGAGGCGGCAGCCGCCCCGAACUCCCCCUAAGUGCCCCCCGACCCCCCCAGCCCGCACCGGGCGCGGCGUCCCGGCACGCACAGCCCCCCGAGCCCCGCGGGUUUCUGCCUCAGUUUCCCCACUGCGGUGACAGCAGUGCCGGGGAGGAAACCAGCGCAGCUCUGCAGGGAGGAAGCGGCAUAGGCUUUAGCACCGCCAUGGAGUUCUCCGAGCUGAUCAAAACGGCGACGGUGGAGAGCGUGCUGCUGUCGUGCGCGGGGCAGCCGGCGGUGAAGGGCACUCUGUGCAUCACCAGCCACCACCUGCUGCUCUCCUCCUGCCCCGGCGGCGAAGGGCAGCCCAGCGCCGUGGAGCUCUGGCUGCUCAUCCGCAACGUGGACGCCGUGGAGAAGAGAGUGCAGAAUGUAGGCUGGUAUCAGCCACCCCGCAGCGGCGGCUCCCCGCGGGACAACAGGCUGGCCGGCUCCUCCGGCACCAUCACGCUGCGCUGCAAGGACCUGAAGGUGCUGCAGCUGGAGAUCCCGGGCAUGGAGGAGUGCCUGAACAUCGCCAGCUCCAUCGAGGCCCUUUCCUCGGUGGACUCGGUGAUGAUGAUGUAUCCCUUCUUCCACCGGCCUCAGAGCCUGCGGCUGGAGGAGGGCUGGCCGCGGCUCCCCACGGAGCGGCACUUCCAGCAAAUCGCCACGCAGACCACCCAGUGGCGGCUGAGUGACGUGAACCAGGACUUCGCCGUCUGCCCCACGUACCCUCCGGCUGUCAUCGUGCCGGCGGCCGUGAGCGAGGAGACCCUGCGGAGGGCAGCCCGGUUCCGUCAGGGCGGGCGCUUCCCCGUCCUCAGCUACUAUCACACCAGGAACGGCACCGUGAUGCUCCGCAGCGGGCAGCCGCUGACCGGCCCCAACCGCAAGCGCUGCCCCGAGGAUGAGAUGCUGCUGGGGUCGGUGCUGGACGAGGGCGAGCGGGGCUUCAUCAUCGACACGCGCUCAGCCCAGACGGCCAAACAGGCGCGGAUGACGGGAGGUGGCACGGAGCCCAAAUCCUCGUACCCGCAGUGGAAGAGGCUGCAUCGGCCGCUGGAGCGUGGCCGCCCGCUGCAGGAGAGUUUCAUCAAGCUGGUGGAGGCCUGCAACGACGCUUCGCUGGGCAUGGACCGCUGGCUGGGCCGGCUGGAGAGCUGCCGCUGGCUGAGCCACGUUAAGGCAGCCCUCAGCACGGCCUGUUUGGCUGCGCAGUGCCUGGACAGGGAGGAGAGCUGCGUGCUGGUGCACGGAGCAGAGGGCACAGACACCACGCUGCUGGUGACAGCGCUGGCACAGGUGAUCCUGGAUCCAGGCUGCCGCACGCUGAAGGGCUUCCAGGACCUGCUGGAAAGAGAGUGGAUCCAGGCUGGCCAUCCCUUCCACCUGCGCUGCGCCCGCUCUGCCUACUCACACGCGCGGCUGAAGCAGGAGGCACCACUCUUCCUCCUCUUCCUCGACUGCGUGUGGCAGCUGAGCCGGCAGUUCCCCUUCUCGCUGGAGUUCAGCGAGGGGCUGCUCCUCACCCUCUUUGACAACGCCUACGCCUCCGACUACGGCACUUUCCUCUGCAACAAUGAGAAGGAGAGGUGUCUGUGCAAAGUGAAGGAGAGCACGCACUCCCUCUGGGCCUGGCUGGACCAGCCUGAGGAGAGGAAGAAGUGCCUGAACCCCCUCUACUCGCCCAACCCGCUGGUCAUCUGGCCCUCAGUGGAGCCCCAGAGCAUCCAGCUGUGGCAGGGCUUGUUCUUUCGCUGGAUCCGCUCGUCCCAGUACCUGGAUGAGGCGUGGGCAGAAAUCUGGCGGUUGGUGGAGGGCAGCGACACGGCUGUCAAGGAGAGCGCAGAGGACAGACUGAGCCGCUCGCUGUCUGACCCGGCUGCCCGGCUGGAGAAUGAAAGAUGAGCGGCAGCGCGAGCAGCGCGUCCUGGAGAUCAUCCCCCAUCGCCAGGGCUGAGGCACCAAGGCCGUGCUGCAGCUCUGCAGGAAGCGCUGUGCGGGACGCACGCCCUGCAGGGCCCAGAGGAGCCUGCGCAUAGCAGAGCUGUGGGGACAUCGCUGGGAGAGGGGGACGGACUGCAGCUUCCUGUCAGCCACGCAGCCCGAGCACAUCACAGUAAAGCGGUCUCUCUCAGUUUGCUCCUGCUUUCCAUGUGUGUUCUGUGGCCAGAGCUGGGCUGUUUCUGCUCUGUUGCCCAGUGGGAUUUCAGCAGCUCUCGUACCUGGACCUGGCAGCAGGACGCCCACGUGCCCAGCAGCUCUUGCUGCCAUGUAUCUGGCCCGCAGGCCCUGCCCUGUGCCCAAGCUGUGGUUGGCACAGCAAAAUCUAAGAAGCAGAACACGCUGAGCUCACACCAGCCUCUCCACCAAGGGCGUGCUGGCUGCAGGUUGUGUUACAUCAGUCGCUCCGAGCUGGAAGCCAGCCUGGGAGAUCUGCCCUUGAACCCAGUUUAAGGAAGGAAGGACAGAAACCACCCCUCCAGCCAGCAAGACAGAGGGACGGGGUCUGGAAGGAUGAGGAUUUGCAACACAACCCUCCUAGUGCAGGAAAUAACUGUUCCAUGAGGAAAGUUGGCUGAGGGUCAGUCCAGCAAAUAAACAAAGCACUUGAACUGAGCGCACGUCGUCCGGGAAACAAUGACUGGCAACUCUAUUUGCAGGCUGUUUGCAGAUCCAGCACUGCUAGGUCUGGACUUCAACAAUAGCUGCACCUCAACCCUGGGAAGAGUUAACUGUGCCUGGGUGAGGACAGAGGCACAGGGAGCACCAGCACUGCUGUCUGCUGCUAGGCAGAGAGCAAGACACUGACACCAGAGCAGGCAAAGCAAAACAGUCGUGUUAAUUCUGUCCCAGACCAGAAGAAGAGAGGCACUUUUCCUUGUGUUCAGACAAAAUUUAUUUCUUGCUUUUUUUCUUUUUUUUUUUCCUCCACUGAUAUAUAAAUAAACCCAGCAGGUCAGGAAGUUAGCAUCCCCAGGGGCAGGCAGGCAGCCAACUCAACUCCUUUUAGGCCACUCGUGCCGUUUUGAGCUGGGUGGGUUUCCAGAUUCCCACCUUCACACGACCCCUGAGUUUGGUGCUGCUUCCUGCUGCCUCCUGUGGAGCAGAUUAACUUCAGGUCUUACAACAGUUCUGCACUGGAGCCAAUGGACUGUGCAAUGGGUUGGAAGAGGAAAGAAGAGAAUUCAUCCUCCUUUAAGCUUCAAACUCAAACUCGAAGUACUGGGGAUCAAAAUAAUGGAUGCGGACGUAGCCAUCUUCACCACCACUGCUGUAACUGAGGGGAGAAAAGACAGGAAAGUCACCGAUCCUGUCAGGAACUCACCGUGUGCAGAUUUAAACCAGCAAGAGAUAGAAUCCAAAAGCUAAUAAGAACAUUAGCCAAGAUGCACAGCCAGGCAUCAAAGACCCCCACAGGCAGAGAGAUGGGGGGCAAAAGGGGCGGAAUGGCAGAAUUCAGGGAGGUGCAGGCUCCAUUCCCCCUGCAGUUCUGAGGGAAUCCAGCCAUAUCCUCCCCAGACACAGACCAUUCAGUGUGAAGGAAGACGCACAGAGAUCCUCACCUCUUCCCAUCAGGGUGAAAAGCAACACUGUUUAUCGGACCAAAAUGACCCUUCACUCUGCCAAACUCUUCUUCAAAAGCCAAGUGGAAGAACCUGGGAGAAGUGGGGAGGCAGGUUGGGGACAGGAUCAAAGUUUCCCCAGAGAACCUCUGCAAUUUAAUAACUCUCCAAACACUGCCGAGAACGAGAUGCUCUGGGCACAGCAGAGCACCCCAAGUGCAGACUCAGCCCUGCCAGAGAAGAGCACCAACCUUGCCUCAAAUUUGCCAAUCCUGGUGGAGGUCGUGGUCACAUCCAUGGCUUCCUGCCCCCCACCAAGCACGACCUGCAAAGAAGAAAAGCCACCGCAGUGCUGCUUACAGCGCAUGCGAAACAACAGGCAGGGCAGGAGGGCAGGAGGGAGCCCAGCCUUGGGGGAGCCUCCCACCACCACAGCACAGCCCACGGCAGCAGUGAAGCCCCCCAGCCCAGUCCCACAGUCAUUGUUUCGCUCAGGCUGAACUGGUGACACCAGGCCUUCCAGCUGCCUAAGGCAACGCAGGAGCUGCACCAAAGCUGUUGGAAUGAGUGGCUCAUUCUUACGUGAUCAAAAAUGGGGGAGAGUGCAGCAGAGUUCACCGGCCGCUCUGUCCGGAAUGUCUUCAGGUGUUCCAGUGUUGUGCAGUCAAAGAGCUAAAAUGCAAAAGGCAGAGAACAGCAGUCCAAGUAACGCAUGCAAAUCCCAGCCCCUGGCCGCCAGUCCUCACACGACAGUCACUCCCAGGCAUCCAAAUCCCAAAGACAUUUCUGCAGGAUCCCAAAAUGUACCCCCAAGGUAAUUCUCACCUCUAUCACCUUCUGGAAGCGCUAAUAAGCAGCCUUUGUUUGUACAACUUUGUUUCCAGUGCCUGGCUGCUAACUGAACAGCUGAUGCCUCCCCAUUCCCAAUGAACCCUGCCACUAAGCUUUGGCUUUAGUGCUCAAAUUCCCAAAGAGAAACCACUGGGGCAGCCACGACUUUGAGCAGGGCUCCUGCAAGCAGAUGUCAGCAAUGCACCGCAGCCCCACAGGAGGCCUCACCUUGGCAGUGUUAUCCUUGGAGGCAGUGAUGAACAUGGUCAUGUCCCUGGA